CUUCAAUACAUUCAGGAUUAUACGUCUUUAAUAUUUGGAACAAGUGCUGGUAUUCUUCAAUUAGAAUCUUAUUAUGGAUUCGCUUUUUUUUCAAUCACAUCAUUAAUAAUAACACUACUCUAUGUCAUAUUCGUUACAAAAUUGAAACCUUCAUUGUUUUAUGAAAAUCCUUUAAAUGAUAUUUUUUUAAAUAAUUUAUCAAGAAGUCUUACAGCUUAUCUCAUGAUGUGGACAUUAACUUAUGCAUUGGUGCAAUCCUGA